AUGGAGCUGUUGGUGCAAUUUGUGAGGAAGGUGAUGCCCACAGUGUGUCUGCUUGGCUUUCUCAUUCUGUUGGUUCGCCUGUUUGGUGUUCUGGUCUUGAACCCAUAUAGGCUUCGAUGGAAACUUCGAAAGCAAGGCAUCAAUGGUCCUCCCUCUUCUUUUCUACUUGGAAACGUUUAUGAAAUAUUGAACAACAACAACAACAAAUCCACACCAUUAAUCUCAGCUGGAAAGCAUCAAGCAGAACUCAUCAUAAACCACAGCUACUCCUCCCUUCUCUUCCCUUGCUUCGAGCAAUGGCGACAGCAAUAUGGGUCAGUGUUCAUGUUUUCAUUGGGGAACAUACAGCUGGUGUACAUGGGUGAUCCUGGCAUUGUGAAGGAAAUGUGCACUUGUAUAUCAUUGGGGUUUGGGAAGCCAUCCUACCAGCACAAAGAGCGAGGCCCUCUUCUUGGCCAAGGCAUUCUCACUUCCAACGGCACUUCUUGGGCUCGUCACAGGAAGAUCAUUGCUCCUCAGUUAUACCUUGACAAGGUCAAGGGAAUGACGAAGUUGAUGGUGGAAGCGUCAGUUGUGGUCCUCAAUUCAUGGCAAGAGAAGGUGGAGGUAAGCGAGGGCGGAGUUGCAGACAUCACAGUGGACGAUUAUAUCAGAAGCUUCGCCGGCGACGCAAUCUCGAGAGCCUGUUUCGGGAGCAGCUAUGUUGAAGCGCAGCAGAUAUUCAUGAAGCUGGGAGCUCUGGAGAGAGCCAUGUUGCAUAGAACCAUCCCCACGGGGGUUCCGCUCCUCUUCCUCAACUACCUCAAGAACUACAAGAGUAACAGGGAAAUGGGGAGGCUGGGGAAGGAGGUGCGCGCGUUGAUUUUGAAGGCGGCGAGGGAGCGGAAGACGAGGAGAGCACCGGACAAGGCGACGGAGACGGAGCCGGACCUGCUGCGGAUGAUGGUGGAGGCUGGCGGAGAAGAGGAGAAUAUGUUGGACAACUGCUUGAACAUGUACCUGGCUGGCUACGAGAGUACGGCGCUCUCAGCGGCAUGGACUUUGAUGCUGCUUGCUUCUAAUCCCCACUGGCAGGACCGAGUUCGCUCCGAGGUGUUUCAUGCCUGUGGCGGCAGAUUGCCCGACGCCGAUGACCUCCGCCGCAUGAAACUGCUGACGAUGGUGAUACAGGAGUCACUGCGGCUGUACCCUCCCGCCCCAAUUGUGUCGAGGGAAGCAUUGCAAGACCUGAAAUUUGGUCACAUUCUGAUACCCAAAGGCGUCGCCGUGUGGAUCCCACUCGUCACCCUCCACCAAGACCCUGACAUUUGGGGUCCCGACGCCGCACUGUUUCGCCCCGAGAGGUUCGCCCAGGGAGCCACCCAAGCAUGCAAGCUUCCUCAAGUUUACAUGCCCUUCGGAAUGGGCCCCCGCAACUGCCUCGGCCAACAUUUCGCCAUGGCUGAACUUAAAGUCAUUCUCUCUCGCAUCCUCUCUACCUUCUCCUUCACUCUCUCCCCCGACUACGUCCACUCCCCUGUGCUCAAGCUCAGCAUCAAGCCCCAGCAUGGCGUCCGUCUCCGUCUCAAGAAGCUCUCUGAUUGA